AUGGCAGCGCUGUACGAGGGGUACACGCUGUGCGGGCUGGCAGUAGCGCAAAAUUCCCCAGAAUCUGUAAUUCAGGGGCUCGAAUCAGACAGAGACGACGAUCAUGUCGUGGUUACCGACUCAAACAGAUCCGUCACGGUGUAUAAGGUGUCUGAUCAGAAGCCUUUGGGAAGCUGGACGGUAAAACAAGGACAAACUCUGACUUGCCCAGCCGUUUAUAACACCCAGACACAGGAAUAUGUGGCUGUCGUAGACAGCAAGAUCAUACGAGUUUGGAAAGAUGAUGACAUCAGUUUUGACAAAUCAUUCAAAGCAACAGUAUCAGCUGAUGUAUACAGAGUCCACUCGGCUCCUAACAGUGAGCCGGUGGUGCUGUUUUGCAGGGGGGCAGUCAGGCUAUUAGACUCUCUCCUGGCUGCUCCCCAACAGUUCAUAGAAGAUGUACUGGCAGAGGAGGAGGUUAUUAGGUGGAGCACCGUCGUCACGGCUGACAAUCAACAGUUUGUCCUUUUUAUCACAGAACAGAAAGGGGAGCAUUUGUUGUAUAUGCAAAAAUUCAAGCCGAACUGUCUAAUGAAGUACAGACUGGACUCAGAGACGUCAGUAACACCUUUAAGUUUUUCUGCAACGCUUAAAGAUGGAUGCAUCAGUCUCCUCUAUCUGUACCCAGAUGGCUGUGUUUACCAGAGCCUGGUACAGGUGCGGGAUACAGCAGUGGAAGAGGUGCGGUCUUUACCCAGAUCACUGCUGCUAAAGCUUCCCAUAGGGGAGGGGGAGCUGGUCUCUGCCUCUGCUGUCCCCUUGGAUGAGGCCUACAUAGCAGUGGUGGGUGUACCUCACCCCUCUGCUGGAGCAGGAAAAGAUUAUCUAUGUAUCUGGAAUACUAAUUUCCAGACUCUCCAAGCUGGCAAGGAGAUGGCAGGCAGAAUAUACGGCCAGCUGUGGUGUUACUCUGGGAAGCUCUACGUCCCUCAUGGGAAAGUUUUGUCCGUCAUUCCUUUUGAGUGUCAGAAAUCAUCCCUGGCUGCAGCCCUGGGAAAGCUCAAACAGUCAGGUACCAGUGAGUCAAAGUGCUCUGCACCUGUUCUUUCGUGGAAUGCCGUGCCCCAAGGUGAUGGAUCCCAGUCACAAGGAAUGGUCUGGGGAGUGGAGACACGCAGGACUAAAUCAGGCCAGAAGAGCAAGUCCGUUUCUUCUUCUUUGACAGUCGACCAGUUGUUAGAGCACAUCAAGACUGCCUCUGAGAAGGACAUACAGAAAGAAUUGGAGACUUUUCUCACUAAGACCGGGCAGCCAGAACUUCAGCUAGCUGCAGGCUGUUUGGCCUCUGAGCUGGUGACGCGAUCCCAGGCCGAGCCAACCUUCUACCCCCAAAAGGCCCUAAUGGAGCUCGUAUUUACACGGUGUCUUUGUUAUAGCACCUGUCCCGAUCUCCUCAUGCUGACUCUAGAGAAAAAAGACUACUCCUUGUGCCAGUCCUGUCUGCAGCUUUUCCCCGACAUUCCAGAGGCCGUUACCUGUGCUUGUCUCAAGACAAUCAUCAGUGCUCCAGAUGCUGAGUUCGAGGCCAUCACACUGGAACCAGACAGCGUGUUUUUUAUGGAGUCUCUGUUGCAGACGGUGGAACCUGAGCCAGAGGAGGAGACUCAGCGGCAGAACGGAGACUGUCCCCCAACUGGACACGAAGACAACUGUGAAGUGCCCACAUCUCCUCCUGACAAACCUAAGGAGAAUUCCCUUGACUUGGGCCAGUCCUGCCCUGUUGGACUCCACAAAGCUGUGUUAAUUAAUGAAGUUCUCCAGACCCCCUACAGUGACAGUUUCUUGGUUCCACACUUGAAAGACCUCACUGUCUCGCAAGUUAUACUCUUUUUGCAGUACCUUCAGUUCUUGUAUGUGAGAUAUUCGCAGGAUGUCACCUCACAGAUACCUGCUCUAAGAUCACCAACACUGGCACAGAUCAUGGAUUGGGUUUGCUUAUUACUGGAUGCUCACUUCACAGUCUUGGUAAUGGCUCCAGAGGCUACAAAUUUGCUAAUUGCUCUUCAGAAGUUUGUGAAAGCACAGAUGAAACUUUAUUCUGAACUGGGAAAAAUCGAGGGAAGUCUUCAGGCACUCCAGAAAACUGAAGAGUCGAAGGACAUUGGGCAGUAUUCCAUUGAAGUGAUUGAGCUCAUUUAGACAGAUUUUUUUAAAAUAAAUUCUCCUUCCAUUCUCCACCUCUUGAUGCUAAUUAAUCUGUCUCAGCAUUUUAAAAAAGGUCCAGAAAAUGUCCUGUAAUUAAUGACUUUGUUUGUGCUUACCCCUGAGUUACUGUUAGCACAAACAGUGACUGUAAUUUCAUAAAAUAUCUAUAACUCCCAAGAAGUGAAUUCCCAAGAUGUCUUAAAACCAAAAUAGUUUUUAAAUUGUAUGCAUGCCAUAUUUGUCAUGGUAUUCAGUCAAAACUACUGGAAAAAACAUGAUUUUAGUACAAAAUUCUCAUUUGAUUUGUUUGAAAAGUAUAUUAUAAGAGUGCAUACAUUUGGGUAUGUAACCUCUCUGUUAGGGCACACAUGUACAAUUUGUCUUUAAACCAACUAAUAAUA